AUGCUUGUGACGAUGCGAGUCACCGUGGCUUUGGUCAGCGGAGAGCGGGUCGAGCUCUCCGAAAAUGCCAAGGACACCAGUGUCGCGCAGCUGCGGAGGGCCGCACAGGCUGCGUUCCGGCGCCGUGGCACGCUUGACAAGAUCACCGGCAUUGCAUGGCUGAUCAGCAGUCGCGGGGUGAAGCUGUCUUCUGCCAGCAGCUUGAAGGAGGCUGGCGUGCAGGAAGACGAGGUGCUCACAGGCAUCCUGCGGCGAGAUGAUCUGAUCUUUCACGAGAGUACAUGCUCCAUCUUGAGGGGGGAUGGCUCUCUGUUCACGGUUGGUGAUGGCUCUCCCACCAAAGAGCCUGGCGACUGGGAGGAGCACGUGGCAAAACCAGAGUACUUGGAGGACGUGCGGCAGAUUGGAGCGUCUGAGGCGGCUUUUGCGGCCUUGUUGGAGGACGGCUCCGUUGUGACCUGGGGAGAUGGACGCUACGGCGCAGACAGCAAGGCUGUGCGGCGAAAGCUGAACGGCAUUCGUCGCGUCAUCGCAUCCAACUACGCCUUCGCAGCUGUUUGUGAAGAUCGCACGGUGGUCGCAUGGGGUGACCCGGCCUUCGGCGGCGACGCCUCCCCCUUGCAGAGCCGCCUCAGGGGCGUGGAGGACAUCAAAGCUACUUCCUGUGCCUUUGCAGCUGUGUUGGAAGAUUCCUCGGUGAUGGCCUGGGGCCACCCGAACGGCGGCAGCAACACUUUGGCACUCCGACGGUUGCGCCUGAGAGUGCAGCAGAUUGAAGCCACCUCUGGGGCUUUUGCCGCAUUGCUGGAGGACGGCUCGGUGCUGGCCUGGGGUGAUCCCGACCAAGGUGGCGAUUGCCGUGCUGUGCGGAAGAAGCUGGUCAACGUGCGGGAGCUUCGGGCCAACUCGGGUGCCUUUGCAGCCCUCCGACGCGAUGGCUGUGUAGUGGCAUGGGGAGAUCAUUUUACCGGAGGGGAUCCGUCCCGUGUCAUGGAUGAGCUACGUGGCGUGAAGCAGAUCCUCGCAGGGAGGUAUUCCUUCGGGGCCCUCCUCCCGGAUGGCCGCCGCAUCGUGUGGCCAAGUCCCAGCCUUGCAGCAGAUCGAGCUGAGCUGGAGAUCCAGUCCAUCAAGCGAUCUCCUGGUGAUUCUUUUUGA